GAGGUGAAGUAGUGGAGAGAGAGAGUUGGUAGGUUCACUUCGCUCCUCGUAACCAUCCAGUGCAGUAGUCAACCCGCACUUGCUCUCUCCCACGCGACUACAGCAGCAAUUGGCAAGAUGGUGUCCCGACAGACUCUGGGAGCGGCCCUUGUGGCUCUCCUUUGCACCUCCCUCGUGACCUCCACCUUAGCAGCUUCCAUGGACGCACAGGAGGCUCCGGUGGGAAGGAAAUUCGUCACAAAGUCCAACAAUAUAAAAAAGAAUGAGGACUUAAGAAGGGACACACAACCACAGCCUCGACCCCAGCAGGCAGCUCCUUCCCCAGCCAAACAGGGCGUUGCUGCUGACGGAGGCUUCCAAUGGGGCAACGUUUUCAACAUGGUAAUGAAGGUGCUGUUCGGCGGCCCCAUCUCAGGACCCAACGGCGCCUCGGACAAGAUGGACUACAUCACCCAGCUCACCACCGGAGAAUUCUCAUGGUCCAAGCUGGUGUCCCUCGGAGUUCAGCUGCUCCUCAACGUGCUCGGCGGGGGAGACAACGCAGCUAUCGACAAGAUGGACUCCGGCUCUCCCGUCGAGGGCAUCCUGACGGCCCUGAUCUCCUACCUGACCGGCUCUAACAACCCCGACGAGGUUGGCGUGAUGGCUAAGCAGGCAUCUGAGCUGUUCGGUCUCGUGGUCACCCUCCUAGACGCCCUCCGCACCAGCUUCUCCCAGAGGUCCUUCGACGCUCGCAGCAUUGGUACCUCUGACCCACUUGCAGAUGCUGGAGUCGCUGCCACCACCAUGCUCAAGACUUACAUCAAAACAUACGAGACUGAGGACGACAUUUGCAUACAGAAAUACCUUUGUGAGGCCAACUCUGACUGCGUCCACGGCACUGGAGACACCGGCUACCUGUUCUGCCAGGUUGCAACGUACGGCAUGAGCUACCUGCUGGAGCGCGGCACCUACACUCCCUUCGAGAUCUUCAACGACGCCGGCAGGAGGGGCCGCGUGGGGGAGAACUGCAAGAUGGUUUUCAGCGAGUGUAACCAGGUCUAAGGCGCCUCCCAGGUUCUCCCAGUGUUGUGAGGGCACCCGAUUUGCUCUGACAGGUAUUCUUUGGGCGUCCCCGGCAGAUAGUGAUAUUUAAACGUAGUAUGUAAUUCUUUUUAGGUGGUCUAACUGCUUCUAGACUUCAUGAGAGCAUUUGGGCGUGGUCAGAAGGCGUUCUAACUCUAUACAAGUGUAUCCAAAGGCGUUCAAAGGCGUUAUAAGCGUCUUUUAAGAGCAUCGCAACGCCUCACCGCCAUUUUAGUGUACCAUAGAAAAUUUUCCGGACAGUUGUGAGCGCUCUAGUGAUUUAUCGGAGCCCUCGCCAAUAUGCUGCGGCGGCGUGUCUCCCCGGCUGUGUCCUCCGCACUGACUGACUCAAAGGACCCAGGGACUGAAGGAGACACAGCCGGGGUGCUCUCGCCGCCCCACGCACCCUCAGAACCCUAACACUGCUGACGGAACAGACUGACGCACGGACGUUCUUCAUGUUACGUAGCAUUAUGUUAUUUAUUCUCCUUCAUUCGCUUUGACGCUUUGCCUGGGCGUCUCUAGGGACUGUUUAUGUUAAGAUUAGAGGCAUUGAGGUGAUGGAGGACGUCAAUAGGAGUGAGCAAGAGAGAGAAUGAAGUGAAUGGUUGUGUAUGAGAGAUAAGAGUGAGAUUAAAAAAAAAAAAAAUUUGACUUACAUGCAAAGUACUUACAGGGCAGUUCUGUUUACGAGUAUUAAUCAAUCAUAUUUACACUAGUGGUAUCUGUAUAUCAAGGAUGUAUUUAAGUAGACACGUAUAGCCUCCUUCCAACGAUAUAAUCCCGUAGACGUAAAGAAAUACAUAGGUUAGUAUUUAUAAACUACUUCUAAUCCCCCCCUGCCCCUCCCCAGCCUGACCUGACCACUCCUAUACCAUCUCCCACCAGUCCCUACCUCCAUGCCAUCUAGAGCCUUGCCCGUGUCCCUUUCCACUGACUCUCGACCCUGCAAGAUGACCUGAGGCUGACCUGGCGUGACUUGUGCUGACUUUAGGGGGUCGAGGGUCAGCUGAUGGCCACGGCGGGGUUGGUAGGCUGGAAACUUGAGAUUUAAGAUCGUCUAUCCAGUGUCACCUUGUGUUGUGAUACCAAAAAAUGUGCUGCUGUUUCCUUUUUUUUUUUUUUUUUUGUCUUUUCCCGAGGUUGGUUUUCUUUCACUCGUCUCGUCGUGAAACUAAGAAAUUUUAAUGUUGCAAAGUAGUGAAAGGGAAAUUACUUGGUUCGUUCAAACGGAAUGAAAAGAAAAAAGUCCUUUCAUGUUUUAAAUUGAGUUUUUUUCACGUUCCUCUGACUUGAAAUACCUUGGAAUUAGAAAGUUUUGUGAAUGUUUAAAGAUUAUGAAAGGAAAAGUGUAAUUUACGUUCGUGGCAUCUUAAAAUUUUUCACGUUCUUUGCCAACACCUGAAAACUCCGUAAAGAAGCGAGACUUUUUGCAUAUUCAGACGUAAUAAAAAGAAUUGUUUAUUGAAAUACCGGAUCAUAAGUUGCUUCAGUUCUGAAUUUGUGAGUUUUGUUUUCAUAUUUCUCUCUGGAUUUUGUUUUUUUUCGAACGCUCAGUUUUCAAAUUAUUACCAGACGUGUUUUCAUUAAUGUUAGUUUGAGGCGAGUGAAAGAUUCAGUCUCUGGGUGAAUAGUGGCACCCUUGUCCCUCCUUCCCCCCCCUCACCUUACAAUGUUGCUGCCCCCCCCACACACACACCCCCUACCCCACCCCAGUACCUGACUCACUCCCCUGGACUCCCACACACCUGUAGCAACACACACACACACACACACACACACACACACACACACACACACACACACACAAACAGAUAGACAGACACACGUUUUCAUUAUUUAUUUAUUUGUUAUUUGUUAAGUUUGAGCAUAAUCAUUCCCGCUGGCGGGUCAAAACAGGAACAAAAAAAAAAAAAAAAAAAAAGAUAAAUAUAUAUGAUGUUUAAAGGCAUGUAUAUCUACAAAGCCACGACUCAAAGGCAGACGACAACUGGACCAGCUGCUAACGACCCUUGACUACCCCCACCAUCGCCACCACCACCAUGACCCCCUAGGUGCUAAUUACACCUGCAACACCUGCCUCACAUGCCCUGCUGGCUUCAGGUGCCUUGUGAUGUAACACUGGUGGUGGUGACGGUGAUGCGUGGUGAUGGGGUGAUGGGGUGAGGGAGGGGGGAGUCAGCAGGCCUGGACUCCCCCCUCCUCCCCCUUCCCCUACCAAGCAGCGACGGACUGUACCCCUUCCCUCGUGGCAAUAAACUCAUGUGUCAACUGACUGACUUCUUCCUAACCCACGACCGUCCCUCCUUCCUCCUGACCUUGCCUCCCUCCCUCCCACGACCUGACGACGCAGCGAGGGGCGCGGCGACGACCACAACGACUCAAUGGACGACGACACAAUACAAAAAAAAAAAAAAAAAACACCACAGUAGAUAAAUUAUGACCACUUAGGGAAAUUAGGUUAAAAAGUGUGUGCAUUUAUGGUUAGCGAGUUACGAAUUCUUGGUUAAGUUUAGUUAUUGAAGUUCUGGCAUUUAUUGAAACUUUUAACACGAGAAAUACUAAUAAAAAUAGUACUGGUUUGUAAUAUGAAACCCGCUAUUAUUGCUGCACAUUUACCUUAAGAUGUAGUUAUUCUAGCUAUCAAUAGCACAAGAGGAAGAUCUUAAGACUUAUUUAGCAUAACUUCAAGACAUUUUUUUUUUUUCUAAGACAAGUUAAACGUUCAGAAAGUUUUUUUUUUUCCAAGCAGUCAAGUUAAAACGUUAAAAGUUACGUUUUCCCCAAGCAAUCAUCUUAAGACGUUCAAGAAGUCAAGAAUUUUCACAGCAAUCAAGAUGAAAACGUUCAGAAAGUUAAGUUUUUUCCCAAUCAAUCAGGUUAAGACGUUCAGAAACUCCAGUAUUUUCCCAAACAGUCAAGUUAAGACGUUCACUGAAAUGUCAUGUUCUUAAAUCGAUAGAAAAUGACACUGAAUGAAGAUAACAAGACUACUGAGCUUGACAGGAAUUGACAACAAUAACGAACUGAUUUCGAGUGAGGUGAGAACAAUGUGACACCAAUGCUUUGAAAGACUGAACAUAUUUUAGUGAAUUUUGAAGUAUUUUCACAGCAAUCAAGAUGAAAACGUUUAGAAAGUUAAGUUUUUCCCAAUCAAUCAGGUUAAGACGCUCAUAAACUCCAGUAUUUUCCCAAACAGUUAAAUUAAAACGUUCAGUCAACUGUCAUGUUCCUAAAUCGAACAGAAAUUGACGCUGACAGAAAAUGACAAGACUACUGACCUUGACAAGACUAAUGAACUGAUUUAUAGUGAGGUGAGCACAAUGUGACACCAAUGCUUUGAGAGACUGUACAUAUUUCAGUGAAUUUUGACGUUCUUAGGUCGAACAGAAACCGAAAAGACUAAUAACUUGAUCUAUAUUAAAAGCUUAGUACAAUAUGACAUCAGUUCAUGAGACAGUACAUAUAUCAUUGAAUCUUCCCGUUCCAAGGUCGAAUAUAAGGUGAUACAUACUAAAACUGACAAGACUAAUGAAAUUUAUACAUAUAUUAACUCUUUCACUGCUACACAAAUUUUCUUCAAUGCCUACAACUUUUUAGACUGUAUUUUUGUGCCACUCGGAAAUUUUUUUUUUUUUUUUGUAGCUUAAAAGACAAUAUUACCUUCUGCUUUGCCUCUUUUCUCUCAUGUGUCUCCCUGCAAACAGUCUUUACAGUGCUAGGAAGAUUAAAGAAGGACGACCGUAGCAGAAAAAGGGUUAAUAGCUCGGUAUAAUCAGCCACUUGUGAGACAGUGCUUCAUUCCCUCCACUGCUAACACCAGCUGACACCACACUGCCAAACACUGCCGCCUACUGCACACCACUGCUGACGGAUACGCUACUUAUACUCCUUACUGCUGACUUGACAACUGAUAAAAAAAAAAUCAAACUGGUGACUCUGACUUACAGAUCUCAUUUUACUGACUAAGCUGCUGAUAACUACUGACUUACGACGUUCUUCUGACUCUGCUGAUAAAUUCUACUGAGAAAUUACACCGGUUUUCCACUUCUGACUCAAAAUGGUAAGAAGAUAAUGAGUAAUUGAUUAACCUGACGAGAUGAUUGACUAACUACUUAACUCAACCACUGAAACCUACUUAGUAUAUCACUGCACUGACUCCUUCCUGCUGACUGACUGUACUGUUAACCUACUGAACCAGUGAAACUUGAGUAUAUCACUGUGUUGACUGCUUCCUGCUGACUGAACUAUUGACAAUCUAACUGAACCACUGAAACUUACUUUAUUGACUUGUUACCUGUUGACUGGAUGAUCUUAACUAAUGGUAACUUUACUGAUGACCUGACUAACUGCUGAUAAACUACUGCUAACUACUGAAUUGACCCUUGGCAUUUACUGACUGACAAAUUUCAAACCUUUCAUAGAUGCAAAUGAUACUGAGCCACUGACUUUGAAAUGAACUCUUGUCAACAACUGAAUUUGCUGAUAACUAAAAUACUGACAACUGAUUUUCGACUGCUGGCAAUAACUAAGUUUCUGACGACUCUACUGAACUGAACAGCUGAUAACUAAAUUGUAUUACUGAUAACUUAAUUGGACAGCUGACAAGAGAACAGAUGAGAGCUUAACUGACUGCUGACAAACAAUUAAUGACCUGCUGGCAACCAAAGUGAACUGAAAAUUUAACUGAAUUACUGAAAAAUUAACAGAACUUAACUGAAUUGACUAACUGAAUGGCUGACACUUAUUGAACUAAGAAAAAACUGAACUUCUGAGAGCUAGUGAACUGAAUAUUACUGGCAAAACUAACCUACCAAAAAAAAGAGCUGCUGAUGACUAGAUGGGAACUGAAUCUACAUUAAAUAAACUGACUUGCUGACAUUAACUUUACUAAAUUAACUUUACUAAACUGCUGAUAACUAAACUGAAUUCCUGACAACUUUACUGAGCCUUUGACAAUGACUAAAUUUUCUAAACAAAUUAACUACUGCUGACAAGUGACCUGACCCUGACAUCACUGAAUUUCUGGCAAGCAUAGCAACUGAUAAACUGACAAACUGACAACCUUACUUCAAUUACCGAGAACUAAACUGAACAGCUGACAAAUGAACUGAACUGCUGAAAAUUUAAUUAGCUGACAUCUGAAUGGACUUACUGACACCUGAACUGAAUACUGAUAAUUGAAAUAACUGCAAAAAAUCGAAUUAAUGACGGGUUUACUGAAUCAUGGAGAAUUCGACUGAAAAAAUAGCAAGUGGACUGUGAAAUACUGAUAUGUGAAUGAAUUACUGACAUUUUAACUGAGCUAAUGACAUUUUUUUACUAAACUAAUGACAACUUUACUGAGUUCCUGACAACUAGAGUGAACUGACAUUAAUUCUAGAUAGCUAAACUGAACUGAUCACUUUUAACAACUCAAUUGAACUCAUGACAACUUGAUUAAACUAUACACAACUAGACUGAGCUGCUGAUGACUUAAAGUGCUAAACUAAUGACAACUUUAAUGAACGCCCAACUGAACUGUGAACAACUUAACUGAUGACUGAGCUAAACUACUGAUUACUACCUGACUGAACUGCUAAAAAAACAAAUUGCUGACUAUAACUGAGUAAGGCUAAACUGCUGACUAGUAAAGGGGUAACUAAUUAACUUAAUUAAACUGAACUAAACUGAAUUUCUGACAAGGAGAACUGAUAGUCAAACUCCUGAUUAAACUGGACCAAAUGCUGAGAACUUUACUGAAUGACUGACAACUGAACUGAAUAGCUGACAAAUAAAGUGAGCCACUGACAAAUUAACUGAACUACUGACAUCAAAAUCCACGUGAACUGCCGACGAGUAAACUAAACUGACGACAAGCUAAACUGAUUACUGACUGACAAACAAACUGAACAGCUCCCAACUAACUGCUGAAAGGAGAAUUAAACUGACACUUAACUGACCUACGAACAAAUAAACUAUGACUAUAACUACUACUACUACUACUACUACUACUACUACUAGUACUACUGCUACCUGACUGAAUUUGACAUGCAGUAGACGAUAAUAUCAACUUUAAGCUCACAUAUAUCGACUAUUAAAGACUACUACUACUACUACUACUACUACUACUACUACUGAGAGUUGAAAGAGAAGGGAUAAAUACUGAAGGUUGAAUUCAGAACUAACUAUGCGUCUUAUGAGUUAUUCACGCUAGGAAAGGAAAGCAAACAGUUAACUUGUGCCAAAAUAAUUAACAGGAGUUCAUUUACUAAGACUUAUACUAUUGUUACUACUACUACUACUAGUACUACUACUGUAUACUAAAAUGACUUGAAUAAGUUCUCGAAUCUAAGUUUUUUUUUUUUUUUGAAAGAUGGUGGUUCUAACUCAUUCUUUUUCUUGUGGAGUACAGAUCACGUCAUAACUUAACCUGAUAAAAAAAAAAAAAAAAAGUUGACUAAAUCUUUAAAUCUUGACUAAAAGGUGAAACUGGAUUGACACUUGACCGAAGCCUGACUGAAUUUGAUUGAAGCUUAACUGAAACUUGACUGAAAUUUGGGUGAAACUUGAGAAAAACUGUACUUGAACUUUACUGAAACUUGACUGACACGUGACUGAAACUAAACUGAGACUUGACAAAGGCUAUACUGACACUUGACCGAAAAUUUACGGAAACUUUGACUGAAUCUUUGUAACUUGACUGAAACAACCGAACGUAAAUGAAAACUGAAGCUUAACUGAAACUUGGCUGAAACUUAAAGACUACUUAAACAUAUUCGAAAAUUAACUAAUACUUGACUGAAUUUUGACUGACGCUAUUGAAACUUCACUUAAACUUGACUGAAAAGAGUUAAAUUGAACGCAGUGGAAAAAAAUAGCUAACUUAGGGAAACUGGGAACUUAGAGCUUGAGAGACGAAGGACAACAGGUAGGAAAACUUAAUUGAGAACGUAACAGUUUGAGGACAGGUAGAUAAUUAGCAAGGAAACAUGUUCUUUUAAUUAAACAUACUCACUAUCAAUUUCCUUCUUAAUAUUAUCUAUUCUGAAAGUAAUCUAAUAUAGGCUUAAAAUAUUCUUUCCCAACGUUAUCUAAAACUUAAACCAAUCCUAACCUAAUACCUAUCGCAAUUUGACCUAAACUGACCUGAAAUUUACCCUAACCUAACCUAACACACAUCAUAAGCUGACCUGACCUGAAAUACAACCUAACCUAAAGCAUUAAUUGACCUAAUCUGACCUAACCUGACGUGACGGAACCUGAAUGUAACCUAGAGGAACCCCACAUUACCUUCUCUGUUAUGUAUGUGAUGACUUAACGGAGACUGGGGAUGAAAAAUAUACAAUUCUUAUAAUAUCAAGACGUAAACUGACUAUAUUAACUUAGAAUAAAGACUUAAGGUUGGACGACUCCACAAGACUCUACUGCCAGAAGAAUUACAGGUAUGGACGAACAGGUAACGCUUCCUACGAUUACAAUGACGACUACAGUGACCUUCCUCAUACCUCGCAUUACACCAUUACGUUACUGACACUGUAAUGAUCCUCCAUGACCUCCCACCACCUUGCAGCACACCUCCACAGUUUUCUAGAUUACUUUGACUAACACUGACACACGUAACUAAGAUAAACUGAACUGAACCUGAAAAAAAAAGUUAUAUCACUCAAACUCAAGACUUUUUAUGUGAUUCAUCUCGACUGACCCAAAACUCAGUUAGGAAAUAGUAAUGAAUUUAACUUCUUAAUUCGUAACUUCUAAGGUGCCACUUUUGACCAACACGUAACUUAGAAAACCGCAAAACGACAACCACCAUCUUGAUACCUCCUUACGAACUGACUAACCACUUAACUAACCAACCACUUAACAAACGAUACCUUUUUGACUUAGUAAACUUAGCAAGCUGAAAAACCACCGCGAUACAACUUAUUAACUACCUAACUGAAUAACGACUCACACGACUUCUAGGUAAUGACAACUUCAAUACGGCAGACUCAGUGACACUCAAACACGACUUGCAAAUCCAUGGCAGCCCAGAAUGACCACAAAAGGAAUUGAGUGACGACUUAACGACCUGCAGAACAUGACAAGGAGCGCUACGACUUUCAGGAGCACUUAUCGGUCUUAUAACACGUACACAUAACGACCACAUUGAUGUUCACCUUGAUUUGAUCCUUUAACGACCUUAGUGAUCUACAGAACGACUAAUUUGACUGUUUUUAUGAGAGAGAGAGAGAGAGAGAGAGAGAGAGAGAGAGAGAGAGAGAGAGAGAGAGUGUGUGUGUGUGUGUGUGUGUGUGUGCGAGCGUUUCUGGACAACAAUCCCACCUGCACUUUACUUACGAUGAAUGGGUGAAUGAUACGAAAGCUUUCUGUGAUAGUGAAGAAAAAAAAAUGUAUAAUGAAAAAAAAAAAUAUGAAAAAGGAUGAAAAGUAAAAUAAAAAUUCAAUCUGACGAAUGUAAAAUAAGACAGUGAUUCAUUAUUGCUGUUGUUGUUUGCACUUAUUAAUGUUGUUGAUCUUUUUUUUUUUUUUUUCGUUAUUUUAGUUAGACGUGAGAUGGACAGAAGCGCGAGAGACGAGAGAGACAGACAAACAGACAGAUGUACAGACAGACUCAAAGCGAGAACAUUUUAAGACAGGCAUUAAGAGACAAAGCAAAGAGAAAGAUAUACCAAAAUGACAGACAGACAGAUAGACAGAUAAACAGAAAGAUAGACAGACAGACAGAUGAACAAACAGACAUAUAAAGACAGAUAGACAGACAGACAGACAGAUGAACAAACAGACAUACAGAAGAGAAAAGAAAGACAACAGAUAGACAGACAGACACACAGAUAGACACACAGAAAGACAGAAGCUUGAGAAACGAAAGAUGAUAGAGAAACAAAUUAACAGACAGACAGACAGACAGACAGACAGAUGGACAGACUUAAACUAACAGAAAACGUGAAGAGAGUCAUUGAGAGACAGAAGUGGAAAGAAAAUAUAGAGAUAUAACGAAAUAACAGACAAACUGACAGGCAGACAAAUAGACGGAGAGACAGAUAGAAGAAAGGCAGACUGUAUACCAAAAUAAAGGCAAUUAGACAAACAAUUAAGACAAAGGACGGGGAAAUAGACAGGCAGGCAAACAGACAGACAAACAAAGAAAAUCAAGACUAAUAUUAAAGACAGGAAAAAAGAAAAAGGAAAAAAAAAAGAAAAGAGAAAAAAGACAAAGAAAAUAGGUGCCAAAAAAAGACAAGGGCAGACAAACAGAUAGACUGAGACAGAAAGAUAGACAGACAGACAGACAGACAGACAGGCAGACAGAAAGACAGACAGACAUACUAGCUGACUGAGAAGUAGACAAAAGUAGACAGAAAGAUUUAUUAAAGACAGAUUAAGACAGUAAAAUGAAAACACACACAUACAGACAGACAGACAAACAGAUAGAACAAUUUAGACAGAAUGACAGAUUGACGGAAAGAGUGAAGCAAAGACAGUCAAACAAGCAAACAAGACAAACAUUGGCUGACUUGCUGAAUGAGUAAUUGAAAGAAAAGACAGAAUGGCAUAAAAACAGAUAGGCAGGUAGACAGAAAAUUAGACAGACAGACAGACAGAUCAGCAAACAGAAACACAGAUAAUUACUGACUUAAUGACUGACUGACUGACUGACUGACUGACUGGAAAGACGUAAACGAGAAGAUAGAUAAAAACAGAUAGACAGACUACCACAAACAUAUGUAAACAAAACCAAACAGGAAAGGUGACAGACAGACAGACUGACUGACUGACACAGAGGCAGACUGGCUAAUUGACUGACUGACAGAAUGAAUAAAUGAAUGAAUGGACGAUUUAAUGACUGACUGAUUGAUCGAUUGACUGAUUGAAUGAUUGACUAACUGACUGACCGACUGAUUGACUGAAUGAAUGAACGAGUAUAUGUGCAAUUGAAUGACUGACUAACUGACUGACUGAACGACCUGUUGACUGGCUGACCGACUGACUAAAUGACUGAAUAAGCAAAUGACUGAAUUAAUUAAUUAACUGACCUGCUGACUGACUGAAUGAAUGAAUAAAAAAAUGUUCAUAAUUGAAUGGUUUGCUGACUGGCUGACAAGCAAAAAUAUACACAGACAGAUAGCCAAACAGACAAUGAGACAACCAGACAUACAGACAGAACAUGGACAGACAGACGCAGUGAAAGAUAGACAGACAGACAGACAGACAGACAGACAGACAGACGGACGGACAUAGAAGGACAAACACAAAGAUAAAAGAAAAUUAAUGAAAGACAGAUAGACAAACGGAGAAAGAGAAAGACAGAUAGACAAAGAGACAAAGUGAAUGACUGACUGACAAAAUAAGACAGAAGAAGACAUAACAGACAGAUGGAGAAAAUAAGGGCGAGAAUAACUGACAGAUUAACAAACACACAAGUAAACAGGUGAACAUUUUUUCGCCCCCACCUCCCCCCCAAAAAAAAAGACGAUUCACAAACAUAUCACCAAAAGUCUGUCAAGAGUUUUAUUAUCACCACCCCAAUCAACAGUUUCUCUCAGUCUCCCCUUCAACUCUCUCGGUGUAAAGUCUCCCCUCGCGAGGAACACAAAAGAAAAAAACGAAAUAAAAAUUGUAACAUCAAA